AUGGAAGAAGAAAACGACACUCCUCUUCACAACGCAGAAUGCAACCAACCCUUCGCGAACCUAACCCAUCAGGAACCGAAGACCCGGUUCAUGACCCGAACACUCAAACCUGUUCCUUUCAAACCUUCUAAAAACCUCAACUUUGCGCGCCACGAGAAGCUCUUAAGGCGAAUCGGUCUCUGGGACUUCGCGCAUCUCGAAUUCGAUAGCCACAUUCGGGUUGAUCUCAUAGAACAGCUUGUAGAUAGUUACGAACCUUCCCUACGGUGCGGUUACGUCAACGGUGUUAGGGUUUCGGCGAAUCGAACUCAAUUGGGGAUAGCGCUGAAGCUGCUGCCCCUGAAGGAGGAGAAAGGUGAGAUUUUUGGACAAGUGUUGGAAGGUUUGGACUUUGCUGAAUCGGUUCAAUUCCUUGAGGAGUUUAUGUGGAAUUGGAUGGUUCUGCAUGAUGAUGAUGAUGAGGGUGUGAUGGUGAUGCCUGAUGAGGUUUUGGAGUGUGAAAGUUUGAUCAGGGAAGGCCAUUUUGGAAAGGUUGAUUGGGUUGGGUUGAUAUGGAGCAUGGUAGAGAGGGAGAUGAGGGAGGUUGGGUUGGUUAAGUGUUACUAUGCCUCUCAUUUGCAGCUCUUGAUCCAGGUGCAAUGUGAGGAGUUGUUGAAGGAAGUUCCUUUGGUAGUAGAGGUUGAUGAUGAGUUUCAGGAGCAUAAUACUGAACUCAGUUCUGGGAAUGUUAAAUUACAAAAGAAGAGCAUUGAAGGGGACAAGGAAAUUUUGGAUUUUGGUUUGGAUGAUCAUCUGGGUAAGCCGAUUUUGCUGCAAUGUGAUGUUAAUGUGAAUAGUUUCGACUACGUGGAAGAGAAAGAUGAUGAAGAGUAUGAGAAUGAUUCUUUGGAGUUGAAUUCUGAAAGAGACUUUAUCUCUUCUCAGGAUGAUCUUGAAAUGACUUCCGGAAGUUUAUUUGUUGGUAAGGGUCACAAGAGAGCAAUUGAAUUGGAUUAUGAUAACACAAAUCUUUCUUUGAGUGGCAAUAACAAGAAGCUGAGAAUAGAUAAUAAUCCAUGUAAUAAUGCUGAGCCUGUUGACUUUGAUGCCUGUAUGGCACGGAUGCAAGAUUGGAUGGGGAAGGCUACAUUGAUGUAUGCAACAAAGAACAGGUCUUGUGAAGACUCUGCAAUGAGUCUACAGAAUCUACUAAACGAGAUUCAGAACCGCGACAACAUGAUAGAGGAUUUGCGCAGGGAAAUGGUGGAUGAAAGAAAGAAGGGACAGAUGAAUUUGUAUAGACUACAGAAGGAACUUGACAUGAUGGCAAGGCUUCUGGAGGAAUACAGAAAGGCCUUGAGGGAAACUCACAAGGCUUUUGCCGAAUACAGAGCAAUCAUCGAGCACAAGCCGAUCACCAAGAAGGGACAGUUGAAGAAGAAGCAUUUGGCCAUUCAACAGAACUUGAAGGAGGACCACGUAAAAACAAUUGCAUGA